AUGUCUGCAAACCAAAGGCCUGUCAUGGGCCCUCCUGAAACACCCAGCAGAGUCAUGCAACAAUCCCCAGGUCUUUUUCCAAAUCUACAACUCUCCCCAGACGUCUACGCCCAUCAGUAUUUCGGACCAGCUACCGCCCCCGUCUACCCCGGUCAAAGAGUGUUCUGGGACCCUUCGAACGCCGCAUAUGAGGAGCAAUUCCUACCACAGCAGUACCCGGAUCCCUUUCAGUUCAGCCCGUCCGCCUUGGGCUCCUCGUUCGCCUCGUCAUCCACGGUGGUGCCGAGCUACGCUCCUCACGCAACCCUUAUGGAAGAACAACCUUACGAACUUCCAGUUAUGCCUCAUUCGACAGCCUAUCCACAUCUUAAUGGCCCGGCAUUCCCUGCCCCUUUCACGACAUCGCCUCGAUUGCCUCCUCCACAUGCUGAAAACCCCAAUAUGUUUCUUAGUUCGCCAGCCCGCCGGUUCGGUGCCGUCGACCAAUAUUCUAAUGGGUUUGCAUAUAACAUGGUUCUCGAAAGACCAGCUUACGCACAUCAGAUCGAAGACUCACGGCGGGAACAAGAGAUUAAGCGGCUGCGCUUGGGGGACAUACAACAGCCGUCGAUCACUCGGUCCGUGAUGGAGGCUUUGAGACGACCUGUUUCUCCCAGAAGGGACACUCGGCCUGGCCUCAAAAGGAGUCUGACCCAUACUGGCGUACGGAGCGAACGAACGUCCAGGCCACAAACACAAACUACUACGGGGGGUAGAAACUCGCCGAUGACGCUGGAUCAGAGGAGGCCGCACCGGCCUGGACGAUCAUCACCACUGAAGACGAAUCCUGAUCCCAUAUCACGGACGCUCAGCACGAGUCGUAAUUCAAAUGCAAAACGUGGGUCCUUGUCGCUCGCCAUCGAUAAAGAUGGCGUAGCCAAAAUGAUUGUCAGAGACGACUCCCACGAUAUGGACAUGGGUGGGGUGUCCUCCAGCGAGCCCGGGUCAUUUGAUGAGACAGACUUUCCGGUUUUGCAUAGCCAGGACAACUCGUUCGGCUUUCCUGACGACGGUCAGCUUUCUUUUCAGACGCAAGUUGGGCUACGCAGGUCAUAUAGCCAUUCAAAGACCAGUUCGCAUUCGACAGUGGCUUCCGUCAAUUCUGCAAUCCAGUCGUCCUGCAACGGCUCUGCAUCCAGUUUUUCAAAUACAAGGGGUUCGGAGGGGCACCAAGGGGGCCGACGCAAGCGCCCUCUGCUAGGAUCGGGCCUAGAGCCUGAUACUGUGAUCGAAGACCAGCCUCUUGGGAAUGCCCAGCUUGCCCUGCGAGCCAUCAUCCAAGAUCGAUCAAGGUCGACUUCUACGCAGGGGGACGGUGCCAACCCUGGACAUAUACACUCCUCGCCACCCUUACAGCAAGGACACUAUGCAAUGUACAACGCCUCCCCAACUACGAUUACCGACCCGGAUUUGGCGACUCCGAGCAGUGACAGGGAGGGCUUCGCGAGUAGUAUGAGUAUGCGGUGUGUGUGCAACUCUUCCAUUUUGGAUGGGUCGGUGCCCAUAGUUCGAUGUGAUUCAUGCACCAAAUGGUUGCACAGCACCUGCGUAGGUAUCGACAACCGACGCCUUCCGGAACAAUACACCUGUGUAUAUUGUCUGCAGACGCCCAAACGACCUGGGCCGCCCUCCCUACGGCCCUCUGCGUUUCCGUCGACUGCCAGUCCGCUGGCACAUAAGUCAAGACGCCAUCGCUGA